GGCUUUAAUACGCGUGAUAGUGAUUUAACCAGAUGAGAUUAGGCUCGAGACCCAACCAGAUGCAUUAGCGCUGUUCACGCAGAAAGAGGAGAGUUCAAAUUUAAAUCUGUAAUUCCAGAGAAACUCAAGAUGAAUCUCCUCGUCGUCAUUGGGCUACUGUUCGGCAUUUUUACUACUGGAAAGUGCAAAACUUGUCUCACGUGCAAGGAGGUAACUUCAAACGACUUCGAUCUUGAGGGCAUCGAACAAGAAUCUUGCUCUGACAACCCUAGUGAGAUGACAUGCCCUGAAGGUAUCUCAACGUGUAUGACAGGAGUCAUAGACAUUGCCUAUAGACUUCAAUCUGGACAAAACGUGACCAUCAGAGAUGAGAAACGUGCUUGUGCCCCAGAGGAGAUCGUCUCCUCGAUUCCGUCGGGAGACUACUGCGUAGAGCAGUCCGUGGUGGACGCCUACUUUUCUGACAAUGACCCAGCUGAAAUGUACCCCGAUGUAGAUGGUAUGCUAUUCCUCGGAAUCACAAAUGCAACCUUCUGCGUCUGUGACAGUGCCGACAAGUGCAGCCCACCUUCACCCUCAGUUGACUUCCCGUCAACAGGCGCAGAAGGCGGAACAGGAAGUGGAAAAGGACAUUUUAGAACUUGCAUCGCAUGCAAGGAAAUAACUUCAGAUGAUGUCGUCAUGGAUUUUGGUGGCAGCGAAGUUGAAUCUUGCUCUGACAACCCUGAUGAGAUGAUAUGCUCCGAUGGUACCUCAACUUGUAUGACAGGGAUCAUAGACGUUGCAUAUAGACUUCAAUCUGGACAAAAUGUGACCAUCAGAGAUGAGAAACGUGCUUGUGCCCCUGAGGAGAUCAUCUCCUCGAUUCCGUCGGGAGACCAUUGCGUAGAGCAGUCCGUGGUGGAUGCCUACUUUUCCGACAAUGACCCAACUGAGCUGUACCCAGAUUUAGAUGGCAUGCUAUUCCUCGGCAUCACGAACGCAACCUUCUGCGUCUGUGACAGUUCCGACAAGUGCACUCCACCUUCACCUACCGGUGAUUCCCCUGCACCGGCUGCAGAGAGCGAGCCGUCUCCAGAAGCUGAGAGCUCCCUUGUGUCAUCAGCAGGAAAUUUUAGAACUUGUCUCUUGUGCAAGGAGGUAACUUCAAAAGACCUCGAUCUUGAUGGCAUCGAACAAGAAUCUUGCUCUGACAACCCUGAUGAGAUGAUAUGCCCUGAUGGUAUCUCGACUUGUAUGACAGGAGUCAUAGACGUUGCCUAUAGACUUCAGUCUGGACAAAAUGUGACCAUCAGAGAUGAGAAACGUGCUUGUGCUCCUGAGGGGAUCGUCUCCUCGAUUCCGUCGGGAGACCACUGCGUAGAGCAGUCCGUGGUGGAUGCCUACUUUUCCGACAUUGACCCAACUGAGCUGUACCCAGAUUUAGAUGGCAUGCUAUUCCUCGGCAUCACGAACGCAACCUUCUGCGUCUGUGACAGUGCUGACAAGUGCAGCCCACCUUCACCUACCGGAGAUUCCCCUGCACCGGCUGCAGAGAGCGAGCCGUCUCCAGAAGCUGAGAGCUCCCUUGUGUCAUCAGCAGGAAAUUUUAGAACUUGUCUCUUGUGCAAGGAGGUAACUUCAAACGACCUCGAUCUUGAUGGCAUCGAACAAGAAUCUUGCUCUGACAACCCUGAUGAGAUGAUAUGCCCUGAUGGUAUCUCGACUUGUAUGACAGGAGUCAUAGACGUUGCCUAUAGACUUCAGUCUGGACAAAAUGUGACCAUCAGAGAUGAGAAACGUGCUUGUGCCCCUGAGGAGAUCAUCUCCUCGAUUCCGUCGGGAGACCACUGCGUAGAGCAGUCCGUGGUGGAUGCCUACUUUUCCGACAUUGACCCAACUGAGCUGUACCCAGAUUUAGAUGGCAUGCUAUUCCUCGGCAUCACGAACGCAACCUUCUGCGUCUGUGACAGUGCUGACAAGUGCAGCCCACCUUCACCUACCGGAGAUUCCCCUGCACCGGCUGCAGAGAGCGAGCCGUCUCCAGAAGCUGAGAGCUCCCUUGUGUCAUCAGCAGGAAAUUUUAGAACUUGUCUCUUGUGCAAGGAGGUAACUUCAAACGACCUCGAUCUUGAUGGCAUCGAACAAGAAUCUUGCUCUGACAGCCCUGAUGAGAUGAUAUGCCCUGAUGGUAUCUCGACUUGUAUGACAGGAGUCAUAGACGUUGCCUAUAGACUUCAGUCUGGACAAAAUGUGACCAUCAGAGAUGAGAAACGUGCUUGUGCUCCUGAGGGGAUCGUCUCCUCGAUUCCGUCGGGAGACCACUGCGUGGAGCAGUCCGUGGUGGACGCCUACUUUUCCGACAAUGACCCAGCUGAACUGUACCCAGAUUUAGAUGGUAUGCUAUUCCUCGGUAUCACGAAUGCAACCUUCUGCGUCUGUGACAGUGCCGACAAGUGCACCCCACCUUCACCCACAUUUGGUUCCCCGUCAACAGACGCAGAAGGCGGGACAGGAACUGGAAAAGGAGAUUUGAGAACCUGCAUCACGUGCAAGGAGAUAACUUCAGAUGGUAACAUUAUAGAUCCUGGUGACACCGAACUUGUCUCGUGUUCGGACAACCCUGGUGAGAUGAUAUGCCCCGAAGGUAUAUCAACGUGUAUGACGGGCGUGGUCAACAUCGCCUACAUGCUUGGGUCGGGGCAAACCGUUACGCUGACGGACGAGCUACGUGCUUGUGCCCCCAAAGACGUUGUCGCCUCCACUUCUCCAGGAGACCACUGCGUAGAUCAAUCCGUGGUUGGCGCCUACUUUUCGGACAACGAUCCGGCUGAGUUGUACCCAGAUACAGAGGAAAUGAUGUUCGAUCGCCUCUUAAACGCAACCUUCUGCGUCUGUGACAGCGCAGACAAGUGUACCCCUCCUUCUCAAGCGAGUGGUGCAAAGGCUUGGGCUAAUACUGGAGGAGCUGAUGGCCACACAAAGCCCACGAAUAGCGUAGUGAACCUCGAAUCUACUCUCGGUCUUUUUAUUUGCUCGCUUAUCUAUGCUUUGUUUUUAUUUGGCUUUAGGGAUAGACGAUAGAGGGCGUCUCUUUUUUGUCCCAAAAGCUAGUGAAAAGGGAUAGUUACGACACCGGAAGUAAAUUUUGUGUGGAUGCAUCAUUUAAUGGAGCUCCAAAUAGUUCCCUCCCACCAACAUAUAUUGUCCGUGUUGGGAAUCGUUCAGGGCUCAAUCCUUUAACCUAUGAAAUGAAGGAUGACCGCACGUAUGCGAGUGUCACAACCUUUUCUCUCAUCCGCUAUGCUUAUUCUAAUGAGAGUUCCUUCAAAGAUUUCCCAUGAUGGAGAAUGAAAAAAUAAAAAUACGUUUUUUUUUUAUGUUGGGCUUUCAUGUUGGAACGCUAUCCAAUUAAAUUCUAUUCAAUUCAACAGUUAUUAAACAGUCUUUGAUUGGUCUGACGCCGGUCACUCCGGUGUGAUAGGAUUAUCUUAAAUCAUGUAUGAUUAUAAAAAAUAGAGAGGGGAGAGGAUGAAUAGGUAAAUAUACCCUCAAGCGAGGGUUUAUAUUAGUAUUUCAUACGUGCAGGCCUAUGUACUUAUGUAUUUCAAUAUUCAUUACGCAUCUUAUUCUGAGUUGACUCUUCAGUUAUUAGGCCUAAAAUAAAAACUUGUUGUAUUGGUUUCAAGACAUGGGUCGAUCGGUCGGAAAGUUUUUUUUUUUUUUUUUAAACUUUUUCUUGUCCCCCUUUUUGGGCCGUUUUUUUUCAGAUUUGAAUAUUUUGUUCUUUCUUCUUUUUUUCCCCGUCCUCUUUUGGCUGAUAUGUCUCAGUUUUUAAUGCUUUUAUACAUGUGUAUCAACGUCAUCAUUCCAUUGAUAUCUUUUGCACCUCAUAAUCACCCAUGGUUUGCACGAGUGAUAAUUUUGGAAUAAUUUGAUGUUAUGCAUUUAUAUCCCAUUUAAACAAACAAAAUAUAUAUUUGUUAUUCAUUUAUUUAAACAAAUCUAAAAAACAGUUAAACAAAAAAACUUGUUUUA